AUGAAAGGAAUCACCAAAGCGCUUCAGCGGACACCGCACAAUCUCACCAGUAGAAUCGGGAUGUCAAAGACAUCAACCGAUCCUGAAUUCAACGAUUACGAAAGGAAAUUCUCAGCAGUCGAACAAGCUUGCGAAAAGAUGUUAAAAGAUUCAACUGUUUUUAGAGAUGCUGUGUCAACCCUUCUACAAUCAGGAACAUCAUUCUCAACUUCCUUGGCUACUCUUUUCUCACCAAUGGGUGCGGAGUACAAUUUGGCAUCUAAACAUCCUCAAGCUGAAGUAACAGUUAAAAAUAUUACGGUUUAUCAAGGUAUCAUGGAGGAGAUGAGAGAAACACUCUUACCCGAACUUGAACUGAUCGACUCACGAAUCGUUCAACCUUGUAAAGAACUUUUCGAAAUUUGCAAGAAGAUCAGGAAAACAAUCACCAAGAGAGGAAAUAAACUUAUCGAUUUUGAUAGACAUAAUAAUGCUUUAAACAAAUUGAGAGAGAAGAAGGAAAAGAGCUUGAGCGAUGAGAAGAAUUUAUUCAAAGUCGAGCAAGACUUCGAAAUCGCAUCUGGUGAAUAUGAACAUUACAAUUCACUUCUCAAGACUGAACUUCCUCAAUUCCUUGCCCUUGGUACAAGGUUUAUCGAUCCCCUCUUCCAUUCCUUCUACUACAUGCAACUCAAUGUGUUUUACAUUAUCCAAGAGAAGAUCCAAUCAUUCGCAGACGGAAAAUAUGAUCUCUCCCGAAAGGAUAUUGAAGAUAUUUACCUCGAGCAAAGAGGCGAUGUAGCUGAACAAAUCGAUGAAAUGGCGAUCACCAAGAGAAUCGCUUCUACUGCCAAAUUAGUUCACGCUCAUCGAUCUGUAUCUGGAACACCAACUCGAACAGGUUCAAUCGCAUCUAGAACCACCACUUUAGAUAGAAAAGAUUCUUACGGGUCAUCACCGAUAUCCAAAAAGGAAACUUUCUCGCCACCUUCAAGAACUGUUGCUGCCCCACCACCUUAUACCUCGACUAAUAGUUCAUCAAGUGUCGGUGUUGCAGCUGGUAAAAAAGCUCCACCUCCUCCACCACCAUUAAAACCUAAACCAAGUUAUAAUAGAGCUGUAUAUGCAACUGCCGUCUUUGAUUUCGAAGCUCAGGCAGAAGGCGAUUUAUCUUUCAACGCAGGAGAUAGAAUUGAGAUUAUCGAAAAAACUGAAAAUCCAGAUGAAUGGUGGACGGGUAAAUUAAAUGGUCGUACAGGUAUUUUCCCAGGUACUUAUACUCAAGUUGAUAAUUAA